CACUAAACUCAAAAAUCACAUAUUCUUUCCCCUGUGCAUCAUCAGCCUGCCAUGCUAUCCUUCUCCACCACCACCAUCACUAGUAGAAUGAUCAUAACGACACUCCUUCUUUUUCUCUUCACCCCUACCCUCGUGAGUUCAGAAUGCGAAUUACUCAAAUACGACACAAACCUUUUAGAAUUCCCUUUAAAUUUAGAGUAUUUUGAAGCUGAAUACUUUUUGUAUGGAUCCAUGGGUAAAGGCUUGGAUAGCGUAGAACCGAAUAUCGCAGCAGGCGGCCCACCACCUGUCGGUGCAAAGCAGGCGAAUCUUAGUCCGGUUAUUAAAGAUAUAAUCACUCAAUUCGCGUAUCAAGAAAUUGGCCACCUAAGGGCAAUCAAGAAGGUGGUAGAAGGAUUUGCAAGACCACUCUUGAAUCUAAGUUCAGAGUCGUUUGCAACCGUUAUAAAUGAUGCAUUUGGAAAACCUUUAUCUCCCCCGUUUGAUCCAUAUGCGAAUGACAUCAAUUAUCUUAUUUCGUGUUAUGUGAUCCCUUAUGUUGGUCUUACCGGAUAUGUUGGAACAAAUCCAAAGCUUCAAAGCCCAGUUUCUCGAAAGCUUGUAGCAGGAUUACUGGGAGUAGAAUCAGGUCAAGAUGCUGUCAUCAGAAGCCUUCUUUAUGAACGGGCGAAGGAAAAAGUAGUUCCAUAUGGAAUGUCUGUAUCUGAGUUCACAGAUAAAAUCUCACAACUACGAAACAAACUAGGUAACAAUGGCCUAAAAGACGAAGGCCUCAAAGUGUCAACUGAUAUUGGGGCAGAAAAGAAGAUACAAGGGAACAUACUUGCAGGUGAUAAAGAUUCAUUGGCAUAUGAUCGAUCUCCACGAGAAAUACUAAGAAUAGUGUAUGGAACCGGAAAAGAACAAGUCCCAGGCGGGUUUUACCCUAAUGGUGGUAAUGGAGCACUUGCUAAAAGAUACUUGAAGAGUGGAAAGAAAUAGAUUAAUGACUUUUGGUAUAUCAUUUGUAAUAGAGGCUUCACCUUUUUUUUUUAUUUCAAUAAACAUUGAGAUGUUUUAAACACCAC